GACACGCAAUACCGCGACAUAAGAAGAACGUCAACAAAAUAUACGUGGACCGAACCUUCCAGUUUUUCCCCUAUAUUUUUCCGUGAUUUUCCUAUAGUAAAAUUAAGUUGAAAAUGACAGAUUUAUUAAGAACAAUUAGUCUCUACCUCGUUAGUGAGCAAUGCUACGAUAAAUAUUUCCUCGAAUAUGACUUUUUCGAUGUAAAUUGUUUCACAAGUUUGCUUAGUAAAUGCCUAGGAUUAGGUAUAGUUGCCGGCUCGAUGCUGGUGAAGGUGCCGCAGAUUUUGAAGAUUGUAAAAAAUCGCAGCGGUGAGGGUAUCAGCAUAGCCAGCGUCCUUGUUGAGAUUUGCGCCAUCACAGCCCACAUCUCGUACAAUUAUGUAAAAGGAUUCCCCUUUAGUGCAUGGGGUGAUGGUGCAUUCCUUGCCAUUCAGACAGCCGCUAUUGCAGCCCUUGUAUUCUACUUUGGUGGCGCCAAAGGGAGAGCCGGCGCAUUUCUCAUUGGUUACCUCGGUGUCCUCUAUGUCCUCAUGGGUGGCAUCACACCACUCCAUGUCCUUUGGUCAAUGCAGGCAUGUAAUGUGCCUGUAAUUUUUAUUGGAAAGAUGCUUCAAGCAGUAACAAACUACCGCAACCAAAGCACCGGACAACUAUCCCCAAUGACCUGCUAUAUGUUGUUCUUCGGUGCAUUGGCACGCAUUUUUACGUCGUACAAGGAAACAGGGGAUCCUAUGAUGAUUCUCACGUAUGCAGUGUCUUCACUUGCAAACGGAAUAAUUGUAUUUCAACUCAUUUACUAUGCUAAAGCUAAAAAAGGCAAAAAGACAAAGACUGAAAAGUCCGCACAAGUGGCUAAACCGAAACCCAGGAGCAAGAAAGUAGAUUAAAUUGCAGUAAAAAGUAAUAAUAAUGUUGGAAAAGGCAAAAUGUAUAUAAAUAGAAAUAUAUACAUUAUCACACAGCUAAGACAAA